CCACUUACAGUGAGUUUGCAGGUAUAGAUAUUGUUGUUGGUCGGUUAUCAUAAUACAUCAUCUAUCUUUCUAUCUUCUGCACUCAUUUCAUGAUUCUUCUACACUUGUACUAGUAUUUUUUUAUUUAUAUAUUCUUCCACUCCUUAUCUUUCUGAUCACAAACCCUACUUUCACACCAUUCUCUCCCAUACUCUCUGCACCUUCCUUUUCUCACCAUCAUAGUCAAAAACCAAUUCUCUUUGUCACACUAUAGUAUGGACAUGAUAUCAAUGAUGAUGCAAAUGGAAAAGUUCCCUGAUAAUUACUCUGAACCUUCCACAUACCAAGAAAUUAUCAAUGGAACUUCCACUACCAAUACUGCUCCAUUAUUUAACUUAUCUCCACAAACCUUGACUGAUCCAUUUCUACACUCCAAUGUCAAUUUCAACAACACUAUCCAACAACAAUCACCUCUUUAUAACCCUAACUCUUCUGAUAAGAAGAAUUCCAUGGCGGCCAUGAGGGAAAUGAUAUUUAGAAUAGCAGUGAUGCAACCGGUGCAUAUCGAUCCGGAGUCGAUUAGGCCGCCGAAGAGAAGGAACGUGAAGAUAUCGAAGGAUCCGCAGAGCGUAGCGGCGAGGCAUAGAAGGGAAAGGAUAAGUGAAAGGAUAAGGAUAUUGCAGAGAUUAGUACCUGGUGGAACUAAAAUGGACACUGCUUCUAUGUUAGAUGAAGCUAUACAUUAUGUGAAGUUUUUGAAGAAACAGGUUCAGAGUUUGGAACAAGCUGGGGCUAGUAAUAGAUCAUCACACAUUGGUGCUGCUGCUGGUGUUAUCAACAGUUUCAAUGUCAUGAAUUAUUCUUCUGCUUUGAUGAUGAAGGGUUGUCAACCUUUUCAAAUGGUGGGGUCCACUUCUAAACAAUUGCUUAGCUAAUAUUAAGAUAUUAACUUGCUUGUUUAAUUUAUGAUGUAGUUAUAUAAUUGGAGCAUGGUUUCUCCAUGUUUGUGAUUGUAAUUUCUAAUGAAUGAAGGAAUGUUAGUUGUACCAAAUGAAAUAAAAAAGAUCACGAAAUGUUAGAAGAAUAAUUCUGGUU